AUGGCGUCCAUGAACGCCACGAACGGCAACGCCUCGCCGUCAGUCAGUUCUGGCAGCAACAAGGCACAGCUUAAGACGACAACGAGCGGCAAGGCCAUGGACGGCACGCGCAAGCAGGCCGCCAGCCCCAUUGACGCCUCGCAGAGGAAAGCACCUGCUCCCAAAGCUUGGUCCUCAGGGACCAACCCGAUUACCCAACGCCCCAACAAUCCGGCAUUAUCGAACGGCGUGGCCGGCGCAGGCAAAGGCCUCAAGGGCAUGGCGGUUCCUUCGAAGGAAUCCUCGGCUGCGGACAACAAUAAGCAUGCGCACGACCGCAUGAUCUUCUUAAUCAGUAAUUUUGUUGGUAUGCCGGCAACUGUCACGUUGAAGAGCGGCGAGCGCUUCUCCGGUAUAUUCUCGAGCUCUUCUCUCGAGCAGCAGGAGUACCGUUACACUUUCAAGAUGGUGAAGCGGCUGCCGUCCUCCGGUGGCCAGGUCAACGGUACAUCAGAAUCUCAGGACUACUGCGGUGUUGGCCAAGACCAUCGCAUGGUUUUCGACGUGAAGGAUGUUGUCGUUCUGAAUGUAGAGAACGUCGCCAUGGAUAAGACGAAGGCCAAGAACGGAGCCUCCAUUGGCUUCAAGACUGACAGCGACAUCUCUGGGCACCUCCAGGCGCGGGAGCGCGACCUCAAACGAUGGGUUCCCAGCGCAGACACCGACGUUGACCUUUCGCUUGGCGAUAAUUCCGGUGCUGGGUGGGAUCAAUUCGAGACUAACGAGCGCUUGUUUGGUGCUACAAGCAACUAUGACGAGGACUUAUACACUACUAAGAUCGAUCGCAGCGAUCCUCGGUACAGGGACCGAGCAGCGAAGGCUGAAAGGCUUGCGAGGGAAAUUGAGUCCGGUACCGCACUGAAUGCUCACGUCUUGGAAGAGCGUGGCCAAGCAGCUAUCGAUGAUAGUGGUUUGGACGAGGAAGAGAAGUACAGCGGGGUCAAGCGCGACUUGCCAUCGCUUUCGUCGGGUCAGUCCAACAAGUACACUCCACCCGCAAGGAGAGCGCCUACUGCGCAGGCCACCAUUCCAGGCGCGCCGGUCGAUCCAGCCAUCAUCUCCUCGCAAAUCGCGCGCCCUGAGGCUUCCGCUGCUCGCCCUCCGCAGCCCCCGACCGCCAACACCAAGGAUCAGCAAGCUCCCCCCGCCGCGCCGAAAUCUGAGGACAAGCCAGCUGCAGCGAACGCAGCCGCGGGAGAGCAGGCAACUACGGCGAGCAACGCGACAAAGCCCGCGGAGACGUCCGCAACUGCGACUACCACCGAUGGCAACAAGAAGCAGCCACCAGCGCUGCAACAAACUACUUCAGAUAUGGCAGCUCGGAAGCCCGGACGGACUGGGCCCAACACUGUUGAGCACGAUCUUUUGGACUCCUUCAAGCAGUUUUCUGCCAAUGAGAAGAUGAAAUUGCAGGAGAGGCAGCGUCAUGCCGCCAGGCAUGACAAGAACGUCAAGCUCAAUGACCUAAAGAAGUUUGCGAUGAACUUCAACUACAGUGCUCCCAUUCCAGAGGACUUGAUUCCGAUCCUAGCCAAGGACCCCAGCAAGCAACAGGAGAUCAAGCAAAAAUCUCAGAAGGCCGCCGAGGAUCGCAAGUCUUCAGUUACUUCGACUACCGAGGCGAAGGCCGCCACCAACAACGUCGAUGUCAAGACGCAGCAGAGAGCCUCUGGGCCUGCGGCGCCGGCUCCUGUUAAUCAGCGUGGUGCAAGGCCGAACCAGGGGCCUUACCCUCAAGCACCCCGUGGCGACAGGAACGCUCAGAACAUUCCGGGUAUGCCACCUAGGAAUGGCCCGGGAAUGCUCAGUCAACGUCUCGCAAUCACGCAGCAGCAACACAAAGCUGGUGUGGGCAUGCCUACCAUGCCGAUGCCAAUUCACGACUUGCGCAUUCCGCCCUCUGGCCCUGCCGCGCCAUCGAGUGGAUCGCACACGCCGUCCUCGAGCAUUUCGACCAGGUUCAAUGUCAAGGCUCUCGAGUUCCGACCCAAUCCUGCUGCUAACACGUUCACACCUGGAGGCAAUGGUAGCAACGCAUCGAGUCCGAGGAAGGAGUCUGCCCCGCCUCGUCUAGAGCCACGUAGGGCCCCGACGACUAGCUUUUUCGGCUCACACAAGCCCACUCCGGCCACCGACAAGCCCGCUUUGGCCGAUGUGUUUAACCCAAUCAAGCGUAUGAAGAAGGACGUACAGGCUGAGAACAAGAGCAAAGACUACGCGCACAACGGUGGCAUUCCCCAGGCCUACAGGACCCCGCCUACCUGGGACGUCUCGGACCAGAACGGUGAAAAGAAGUAUGCAGACCUGUUUGAGCGUGCUCCCAUCACAGUCCAGCCGAACUCGGCUCCUCAAGCUGCUCUCAACAGCGUUCAACCUCCACACCAGCACCAGCUUCCCACUCAUUUGCAACAGGGCGGGCAGGGAAUGCCGCAAGUGCACACUCCCCAACACACGCCUCGCCACCCUCCUGUCCAACCCCAUCAUCCAGGUGCUCCCCACUUUGAUGGUCAUAACAUGCAAUUCUCAGCAUCCAACUCUUCGAUUCACCCUUCCCCUCGUGCAGGCAUGCCCCAGUUCAUCUACGGCCAAGUACCACAGCAUAUGCCCAACUUCCAGCAGGGCGCUAUGCCGGCAACCUAUGCGAUGAGCCCAGCAAUGCGUGCAGUACCUGUUGGUCCUCAGCCGGGAUUUGUUGCCCAGGGUCCUGUCAUGGGUAGCCAUCCCAUGAUGAGCCAGCACUCGAAUGGUCCUGGAAUGUUCCCCGGGCCCCAGAUGCCGCAAAUGCCCCAGAUGCCCCAGAUGCCCCAGAUGCAACAAAUGAUGCAAUCUCCAGCUCCAGGCCAGGCCUAUCCUUACCAACCCGGGAUGAUGCCUGCACCUCCUGGUGCCAAUGGUUUUCCUAGUCCGAGGCCUGGUCCAGCACCCAUGAUGGUCCACCAGGGUUCUCAACAGGGGCAUGCCCCGCAGCAGUUCAUGCCUAUGCCCAAUGGUGGAUACCCGGGUCUGUUCCAUCAGAUGCAACCGGGAUCAAUGACACCUAUGCGUGGCCCUUAUCCACAGCCGCACAUGCAGUACGCCUCAAGUCCUCACCAACACCAUCAAUACCCUCAGCCACACCGCGGAACCCCUAGUGGCGCCUACAGCCAGCCGAUGAUGCCCCAGCAUUCUUUGCCUCCCCAAAUGCCUCCUCCCGCCGGGCCUGGCCAACACGUGCCUGAUGUUGGAGAGAAAGUCGAAUGA